AUGGCAUUGGACCACGAGAAUGAUCCCGGUUGGCAAUAUCUUCGCCGAUCCCGCGAACAAGCCCUAGAGGACCAAUCAAAGCCAUAUGAUUCGAAGAAAAACUGUUGGGUUCCGGAUGCCGAAGAAGGUUAUGUAGCCGCUGAGAUUACCGCCACCAAGGGUGACCAAGUCACUGCUGUCACUGCUCGUGGAAAUGAGGUGACACUCAAGAAGGAGUUGGUGCAAGAGAUGAAUCCACCGAAGUUUGAGAAGACCGAAGACAUGUCUAAUCUGACCUUCUUGAAUGAUGCUUCUGUGCUUCACAAUUUGAGGUCUCGUUACUCAGCCAUGUUGAUCUAUACAUAUUCUGGUCUUUUCUGUGUGGUAAUCAACCCUUACAAGAGGCUUCCGAUUUAUACUGAGUCUGUAGCAAGGAUGUUCAUGGGCAAACGUAGAACUGAAAUGCCUCCUCAUCUAUUCGCCGUAUCCGAUGAGGCCUACAGAAACAUGCUGCAAGACCACGAAAACCAGUCCAUGCUCAUUACAGGAGAAUCUGGAGCAGGAAAAACCGAAAACACCAAGAAGGUAAUUGCCUACUUCGCAUCUGUUGGUGCUAGUCAACAAGAAGUCAAAGCAACUACCGAGAAGAAGGUCACCCUUGAGGACCAAAUUGUACAGACCAAUCCUGUGCUUGAGGCGUUCGGUAACGCCAAGACUGUCCGUAACAACAACAGUUCCCGUUUCGGAAAGUUCAUCCGAAUCCACUUUUCGAAGGCUGGACGUGUCGCCUCUUGCGAUAUUGAACACUACCUUCUCGAAAAAUCUCGAGUCAUCCGUCAAGCACCAGGAGAGCGUUGUUACCACAUUUUCUACCAAAUCUUCUCUGACUACAAGCCCGAGUUGAAGAAGCAACUUCAAUUGGACAAACCUUUGAAGGAUUACUGGUUUGUAGCUCAAGCUGAGUUAUCAAUUGACGGUGUAAAUGACAAAGAAGAAUUCCAAUUGACAGAUGAAGCCUUUGACAUCCUCAACUUCUCGGCACAAGAAAAAAUGGACUGUUACCGUUUGAUGGCAGCUCUUAUGCACAUGGGUAACAUGAAGUUCAAGCAGCGACCCCGUGAAGAACAAGCUGAACCGGAUGGCACCGAUGAAGCCGAAAAGGCUUCAGACAUGUACGGUGUCAAUUUUGAGGAGUUCCUUAAGGCUUUGACAAAGCCUCGUGUGAAAGUAGGAACUGAGUGGGUAUCGAAGGGUCAAAACCUCGAACAAGUGAACUGGGCCACAGGAGCUAUGGCUAAGGGUCUCUACGCUAGAAUAUUCCACUGGCUGGUCAAGAAAUGUAACCUGACCCUUGAUCAACAAGGAAUCAGUCGAGACUACUUCAUUGGAGUACUGGAUAUUGCUGGUUUCGAAAUUUUCGAUUUCAACUCCUUCGAACAGCUUUGGAUCAACUUCGUAAACGAGAGGCUACAGCAAUUCUUCAAUCACCACAUGUUCGUUCUCGAGCAGGAAGAAUACGCUCGUGAAGGUAUCCAAUGGACCUUCAUUGACUUCGGUCUCGAUCUCCAGGCCUGUAUUGAGCUGAUUGAGAAGCCUUUGGGUAUCAUCUCAAUGCUUGACGAAGAAUGUAUUGUACCGAAAGCCACGGACAUGACUUUGGCUCAGAAGCUGAACGAGCAACAUCUGGGCAAACACCCGAACUUCGAGAAGCCCAAGCCACCAAAGGGUAAGCAAGCUGAGGCUCACUUUGCCAUGAGACACUACGCCGGAACUGUACGAUACAACGUGACCAACUGGCUGGAGAAGAACAAGGAUCCUCUCAACGACACCGUUGUCACUGUCAUGAAAGCAUCAAAGGGUAACGACCUGCUCGUUGAAAUCUGGCAAGAUUACGUUACUCAAGAGGAAGCUGCAGCUGCUCAAAAAGCCGGAGCCACACAAGCCAAAAAGAAGGGAAAAUCUGGAUCCUUCAUGACUGUCUCUAUGCUUUACCGCGAGUCCCUCAACAACCUGAUGAACAUGUUGAACAAAACACACCCCCACUUCAUCCGUUGCAUCAUUCCCAACGAGAAGAAGGCCUCUGGUGUCAUCGAUGCUGCUUUGGUUUUGAAUCAGCUGACAUGUAACGGUGUGCUGGAAGGUAUUCGUAUUUGCAGAAAAGGUUUCCCCAACAGAACCCUUCACCCCGACUUCGUUCAACGUUAUGCCAUCCUGGCUGCUAAGGAAUCCAAAGCCGAUGACGACAAAAAGAAGUGUGCUGAACAAAUGAUGUCAAAAUUGGUAAACGAAGGUUCGAUCACGGAGGAAAUGUUCCGUAUAGGUCUCACCAAGGUCUUCUUCAAAGCUGGUGUUCUGGCCCAUCUUGAAGAUCUUCGUGACGAAAAACUAGCUGUCAUCAUGACUGCCUUCCAAGCCCAGAUCCGCUGGUACCUUGGUCUUGCUGAUCGUAAACGCCGUAUGGAACAGCGCGCUGGAUUGCUCAUUGUCCAGAGGAAUGUCCGAUCGUGGUGUACCCUCCGCACAUGGGAAUGGUUCAAGCUUUACGGAAAAGUCAAGCCUAUGCUUAAAGCAGGAAAAGAAGCUGAGGAGUUGGAGAAGAUCAAUGAGAAGGUUAAACAGCUCGAGGAAGCUCUUGCCAAAGAAGAGAAACUGCGUAAGGAGCUCGAAGACAACUCAACCAAGCUACUGGAAGAGAAAAAUGGCUUGUUCACCAACCUCGAAAGCACAAAGGGACAACUGUCAGAGGCUGAAGAGCGUCUCGCUAAAUUGCAGGCGCAGAAGACUGAUGCCGAUAGACAACUUGCGGAAUUGAACGACCGACUGGCCGAUCAGGAAGAUCGCAAUGCUGAUGUACAGCGUGCCAAGAAGAAGGUGGAAUCCGAAUUGGAAAACCUGAAGAAGCAAAUCCAAGACCUCGAGAUGAGCUUGAGAAAAUCGGAAUCCGAGAAACAGUCCAAAGACCACCAAAUCCGCUCGCUACAGGACGAAAUGGCACAACAAGACGAAUCCAUUGCCAAGCUCAACAAGGAGAAGAAACAUCAAGAGGAAAUCAACCGCAAACUUAUGGAGGAUCUUCAGUCCGAGGAAGACAAGUCCAACCACACCAACAAGGUUAAGGCCAAACUUGAACAGACCCUUGAUGAUCUCGAGGACGGUCUCGAACGUGAGAAGAGAGCUCGCGCUGAUCUCGACAAGCAGAAGAGAAAGGUUGAAGGAGAGUUGAAGAUUGCCCAGGAAAAUAUCGAUGAGGGUGCACGUCAACGCCACGACCUUGAAAACAACUUGAAAAAGAAGGAGAGUGAGCUUCACACGAUCAGCAGCCGACUUGAGGAUGAACAGGCUCUUGUCAGCAAACUCCAGCGUCAAAUCAAAGAAGGACAGAGCCGCAUUUCCGAGCUUGAGGAGGAACUCGAAAACGAACGCCAAUCGCGCGCCAAGGCUGACCGAGCAAAGUCAGAUCUUCAGCGUGAGCUUGAAGAACUGGGAGACCGCCUUGAUGAACAGGGAGGUGCCACCGCCGCUCAGGUAGAACUGAACAAGAAGAGAGAGGCAGAACUUUCGAAACUCCGUCGAGACCUCGAAGAGGCUAACAUGAACCACGAGAACCAGCUUGGAGGCCUACGCAAAAAGCACACGGACGCUGUCGCAGAGCUCACUGAUCAGCUCGAUCAGCUGCAGAAGCAGAAGGCAAAGAUCGAGAAGGAGAAAAUCCAGGCUAACCAUGAAGCUGAGGAACUCGCUGCCCAACUCGAUGCUGAGACCUCAGCUAAGCUGAACAAUGAGAAACUCGCCAAGCAGUUUGAACUUCAACUCGCUGAACUGCAGGCAAAGUGCGACGAACAAAGUCGCCAACUGCAAGACUUCACUUCCCUUAAGGGCCGUCUUCACAACGAGAAUGGCGAACUCAGCCGUCAACUUGAGGAUGCCGAGUCGCAGCUCAACCAGUUCUCGAGACUCAAGAGCCAGUUGACCAGUCAACUCGAGGAGGCCCGCCGCACCGCUGAUGAGGAGGCGCGUGAACGCCAGACACUCGCUGCUCAGGCCAAGAAUUACCAGCAUGAAGCAGAACAACUCCAAGAAAGCCUGGAAGAGGAGAUUGAAUCUAAGAACGAGAUAAUGCGCCAGCUCAGCAAGGCAAACGCCGAAAUUCAGCAAUGGAAAGCACGCUUCGAAGGUGAAGGUCUCAUCAAGGCUGACGAACUCGAGGACGCUAAGAGACGCCAAGCUCAGAAGAUCAACGAGCUCCAAGAAGCCCUUGACGCAGCCAACUCGAAGAUCGCAUCUCUUGAGAAGACGAAGAGCCGAUUGGUCGGAGAUCUUGAUGACGCUCAGGUAGACGUGGAACGUGCCAAUGCCUUCGCCAGUGCCUUGGAGAAGAAGCAAAAAGGCUUCGACAAGAUCAUUGAUGAAUGGAGAAAGAAGACCGAUGACCUUUCAGCUGAGCUCGACAGCGCUCAAAGAGAUUCACGCAACACCUCGACUGAGCUAUUCAAAGCAAAGAAUGCCUUGGAAGAACUCCACGAAGUCGUUGAGGGUCUUCGUCGUGAAAACAAGAGCUUGAGCCAAGAGAUCAAGGACCUCACCGACCAACUUGGAGAAGGUGGCCGUUCGGUGCACGAGAUGCAGAAAAUCAUUCGCCGUCUGGAGAUCGAGAAAGAGGAGUUGCAGCACGCUCUCGAUGAAGCAGAAGCUGCCCUGGAAGCAGAAGAAAGCAAGGUUCUUCGUGCCCAAGUCGAAGUGUCUCAGAUCCGAUCGGAGAUCGAGAAACGCAUCCAGGAGAAGGAGGAAGAAUUCGAGAACACCCGCAAAAACCACCAGCGUGCUAUGGACUCAAUGCAAGCCUCUCUCGAGACCGAAGCCAAGGGUAAGGCUGAACUCCUCAGAGUUAAGAAGAAGCUCGAAGCUGACAUCAACGAAUUGGAAAUCGCCCUCGACCACGCCAACAAGGCCAAUGCUGACGCACAGAAGAACUUGAAACGGUACCAAGAACAAAUUCGUGAGUUGCAAUUGCAAGUUGAAGAGGAACAGCGACAGCGCGAUGAAAUCCGCGAGCAAUUCUUCAACGCUGAGAAGAGAGCCACUCUGCUGCAGUCCGAGAAGGAAGAGCUGCUGGUAUCCAAUGAGUCCAGCGAACGCGCUCGCAAACAGGCAGAAUACGAGGCUGCGGAUUCUCGUGACCAGGCCAACGAGCUCUCCGGACAAGUGGCUUCAUUGAGUGCCGCCAAGAGAAAGUUCGAAGGAGAAAUUCAAGCUAUCCAUGCUGACCUUGAUGAGACCCUGAAUGAGUACAAAGCAUCUGAGGAGCGCAGUAAGAAGGCAAUGGCCGAUGCAACACGUCUUGCUGACGAACUUCGUCAAGAACAAGAACACUCGCAGCACAUUGACCGAAUGCGCAAGGGACUUGAGCAGCAGUUGAAGGAGAUGCAGGUCCGUCUCGACGAAGCCGAAGCAGCAGCUCUCAAGGGUGGAAAGAAGGUUAUUGCCAAAUUGGAACAACGUGUGCGUGAAGUCGAGUCCGAGCUCGACGCUGAACAGCGCAGAUAUCAAGAAGCCAACAAGAACCUUGGUAAAGCCGACCGACGAGUCCGCGAGCUCCAAUUCCAGGUUGACGAAGAUAAGAAGAACUUCGAACGCCUACAGGACCUUAUCGACAAGCUCCAGAACAAACUGAAGACCCAAAAACGACAGAUCGAAGAAGCGGAAGAGGUCGCUAACCUCAAUCUGCAGAAGUACCGCCAAAUUCAACACCAACUUGAAGACGCCGAAGAGCGUGCCGAUUGCGCUGAGAACUCGUUGUCAAAGAUGAGAGCUAAGUCGCGAACGAGCUCCUCGGUAGCCCCGUCUGGUCUUCAAACUUCACAAUCAGCCACUGUAUUACGGUCACCAUCACGUGCCCGUGCAAACGAUUUCUAG